AUUUUACUUCCGCUCGGUCUAUGAGGCCUGAUGAAAUGUAUGAAAUCUGUUUCUGGCAGGGAGGAAAAAAAAAAAUCGUUUUCCCAAACAGCACCAAGAGGAGCCAUCGGAGAAGUAUGAAGAGGCGCAGUGCGGCUGGAGCUGCUGCCGCUGCCGCCUGGCUGCUGGGGUGCGGGGAGCCGCCGCUGCAGGACCUGCGCCCGGGGGGGCCCGGCCCCGAGAAGCCGCAGGAGUCCAGCCCCGAACCCCGGCGCCGCUGAGAGCCGCCGGCCGCCAGCUCCGGACGCGGGGGUAUUACAAGUGGAUAAAUAAUGUGCACUGCUGUGAACCCAAAGGUACGCAGUGGACCUGGCCUCUCUGAUAUGCAUCAGUAUAGCCAGUGGCUGGCCAGCAGACAUGAAGCUAAUUUGCUACCAAUGAAAGAAGAUCUGGCCUUGUGGUUAACCAAUCUAUUAGGGAAGGAGAUUACAGCAGAAACUUUUAUGGAGAAGUUGGACAAUGGUGCCUUGCUUUGUCAACUGGCAGAAACUGUGCAGGAGAAAUUCAAAGAGAGCAUGGAGGCUAACAAGCCCACAAAGAAUCUGCCACUGAAGAAGAUACCAUGCAAAGCUAGUGCACCCUCAGGCUCCUUUUUUGCCCGAGACAAUACCGCAAAUUUCUUAUCCUGGUGCCGAGAUUUAGGGGUGGAUGAAACAUGUCUAUUUGAAUCAGAAGGUUUGGUCCUCCACAAACAACCCAGAGAAGUGUGUCUCUGUUUGCUAGAGCUUGGCCGAAUUGCAGCCAGGUAUGGUGUGGAGCCUCCUGGUUUGAUAAAACUGGAAAAAGAGAUUGAACAAGAAGAAACACUUUCUGCCCCUUCUCCUUCACCUUCUCCUUCAUCCAAGUCUUCUGGGAAAAAGAGUACAGGAAACUUACUGGAUGAUGCAGUGAAACGAAUUUCUGAAGAUCCUCCUUGCAAAUGCCCGAACAAGUUCUGUGUGGAGCGGCUCUCCCAAGGAAGAUACCGAGUGGGAGAAAAGAUCCUUUUCAUUAGGACCAUCUAAUUUUUCGCAAGUCAUUUUAUGCUGCACAACAAACAUGUCAUGGUCCGUGUGGGAGGAGGAUGGGAAACUUUUGCAGGGUACUUGUUGAAACACGACCCCUGCCGAAUGCUGCAGAUCUCCCGUGUGGAUGGCAAAACAUCCCCCAUCCAAAGCAAAUCUCCAACUCUUAAGGACAUGAAUCCAGAUAAUUACUUGGUGGUCUCUGCCAAUUAUAAGGCUAAGAAGGAGAUUAAAUGAAACUAAGUGGUCUCUUAGUUACAAGGGGACUCUUACAAUGGCCCGUAUCCACUUCUCCAGUGUAGUCAGUUUAGUUCAUAUGCUCUGAAAACUCCUUUGGAAAAGGGUGUAACAGACACAAAAAUGUCAUCAUAUUAAAAAAUGUUCAAAGAGUAGCACUAUUUAUUUUUAAGGCUUCUGUAGAAUAUGACCUAUUAAAAUAAAUUUUAAACUCAGAUUUAAAUUAGACAAAUGGUAGGCAAAUUAUUUCCCAGUGUGUAAGCAAAGUAUUUAGACCACAAACAAUAUUAAGAACACAGUACUAGCUAGAGAUAAAAACUGUUAUUAGGAGAACACAUUUAGGAUUUGCAGUAAGUCAACAGAAAGUGCCUGCUUUAUAUCCAUGAGUAAAAGCACCCCAGACAUUUUUUACAAAUGCAGGAUUUUUAAACUAUUUUUUACAAAAUGACAAUUAGUGAGAUGAUGUGCUACUAAAAAUACCCUAUCUGUAUGGCAGAUAAAUACAGAGUAGUCACAAAAGUAAUACUUUACUGGAAAGGCCACUUCAGAAAAGUUUACAUUCACUUGGAAGAUUGCCUUAAAGUAUAUCUAUCUAUGACCAAAUUUCUGGGGUACUUUUGGAAGUUCUCAAUAUACCCCCUUAGGGAAUAGCUUAUGAAUUGUCUCCCACAUUCCUGAGCACAUGGCUGUGUUUAGAAUGACUUUAGUGUAAUUCACACACAUAAGCUGACAUUUAUAUUUUGACAAGGAAAUUGUACAGUCAAAUGUUCAUUGAUUUCAUGUUAUUUUAAAGCAUUUUCUUAUAAAAUAUAUCUUUAGUUAAUCCUAUUUUGCUAUGCUGUCUAGUAAAGUAAAUCCACUGUAGCUAAUGAUGUUACAGACUUAUGUAUGCCCUUGUAUACCCGGGACAGGGCUGUUUUGUACCAAUAAACAGCAAACUAUUGUCCUCACUGAUUCAAAAAUUAAAAAUAUAAAUUUUAAAAAU